AUGGCGACGUGCCCUCGCUUCGCCUCCUGCUGGCCGCCGGCGCCUCGCCGCUGCGCGGCGGACCCGCCCACGCGGGCGAGGGGAAAGGCCCGAAGUACCCGGGGGGGCGAGUGCGCCCUCUCAGCGGCCUUGCAGGCGCCGGCCGAGAAGGCCUCCGGCGCCCGCCUGGAGGCGCUGCGCUUGAUGGCCACGCAGCUCACGCCGGAGGAGCGCCGGAGCGGCCCCGCGCGGCGCGCGGUGCUGGCGGCCUGCGAGGCCGGCGUGGUGGCCUAUGUCUCGGUGCUCCUCGACCAGCUGGGCGCCGGUCCCGCCGACAACGCCGCGCCCGACGCGGCGCCGGGCGCCGCGGCCGAUGUGGAGGGGGAGGAGAUGCCGCUGCUGGUGGCCUUGAGCCAGGGCUUCUCAGAGGUGGCCGAGCUGAUCCUGCAGGACAAGGCCGUGGCGGGUCAGAUCAACCUCACCUUGGCCUCCGGCAAGUCGCCGCUGCACCUGGCGGCCGAGCGGGGUGAUCGGCGGGUGCUGCAGCUGCUGCUGCGGGCGCGCGCCACGUUGGAUGCGACCACCUCUUCCGGGAGGACGGCUUUGCACCUGGCGGUGGAGCAUGAUUAUGAGCAAGCGGUGCAGGCCAUCUGUGAGAAUGAAGCCACAGAGGUUCGGCACUUGCUCCAAGAGACGCCCAACGGCGCCUCCCCUGUGUGCCUGGCGGAGCGCCGUGGCAAGCCGAUGCUGAUCCUGCCCAUGCUCCGGUGUUACCACCGACAUCUGCGGGACAGGUACCUGGCAGGGAAGCUCCAAGAUGCCUACGACCAGGUGAGCGAUCCGCAACUCACCGCCUUGUGUUUGAAGCACCGCGAUGCCCUCUUCUUGACCGAAGAGGCUCCCGAGAAAAAGCCGGUCACGCAGUCCGGCAAGGUGGCCUCGCUCCGUUUGCUGCCGCUGGUCGAGGAGGGCGAUAAGCUGAAGCGCUACCAGCGGGUGCUGGACAAGACGCGCUGGAGCGGCCUCGAUGGCGACCUCGUGGGCCGCGGUCGCUUGCGUUCGCAGCUGGACCUCGACGGCGGCGCCACGCGCGCCGCGCGGGGCGACGCCGGCGCGCGGCCGCGCGCGGCCACGGGCGAGCGGAAGCCCUGGGGCUCUGGAGUGGCGAAGCCAAAGCGGCCGCAGUCUGCGACGAGUGGAGGGCGAGGUGGCCCCUACCAAGCGGCUGGGCAGAUUGAGGCAGCGGCCCUGGCGGCGGAGGAUGAGAUGGAAGACUUGAUGUGGGAGUUUUUCGAGACGACUGUGCCCUGCCACUUCCACCCGGAGCCGCCCGUGUCGGUGACGAGCCCGGCGUCGUCCCGGCCGAGGUUGCAGGAUCGAAGCCUCAAUGACAUCAGCUUGGAGUACAGCUAUGAGGAGCUGAAACAGGCCACCAGGAACUUUGACGAUGCGGUCAAGCUGGGCUCGGGCUCCUACGGUGGAGUGUUCAAAGGAGUGCUCAAGGAGGGAACCGAGGUGGCCAUCAAGGUUCUCGAGGUGCCCAAUGAGGCUGGCUUCGAGGAGGAGGUGAAGGUCCUCAGCAAGUUCCGUCACCCCAACUUGGUGAUUCUCAUGGGCUUCGCGCGCUUUGGCCCGCAGCGACUCCUGGUCUACGAGAUGCUGGCGGGCGGUGACGUGCACCGGAGGCUGCAGCGGAGCAGCCACCAAGACGUGCCUUUCCGGUGGCAAGACCGUGUUGGUGUUGCAUUGGACGCUGCCUGCGGGCUAUCUCAUCUUCAUCAUUCUUCACCCAAAGUGUUUCACCGGGACAUCAAGAGUCCCAACAUCCUUUUGGACAAGAACGGCACCGCGAAGAUGGCCGACUUUGGCCUCGCCUGCCUGUCGCACAGUGCGGCGCACCGGGUGCAGAGGGCCUCCGGCACGGUGGGCUACGCCUGCCCACUCUACGUGCGCCGUGGGGUGGUCACUGAGGGCUCUGAGGUCUACUCCUUUGGCAUGGUCCUCCUGGAGUUGCUGACCGCUCAACCGCCGGCCUACAUGAGCCGCCGGAGCCGCGGUGGCGAUGGGCAGAUCCAGUACCUCACGUCUCAAAUCAAUGGCGACCUCAAGUGCGUCCAGAAGCUGUUGGACCCGAAGGCCUCCUGGCCCUCGGGCGCGGCCCAGCGGUUGGCCGAGCUCGCACUGAGCUGCACGCAGAUGCAGGAGGAGGCGCGGCCCAGCUUCGCCGAUGUAGUCCGCGCGCUGCGCGCGCUGCACGAGGCGCCCGCGGAGAUCCCGCCCGAGACGGGCCAGCGGUGUGAGGCGAGGCAAGUCGAGGACGGAGCUCGCCCCUUCCGCCCGGUCUCCUCCAGCGCGAGCCGCGAGCGGAGCUUGCGAGCCCCGCAGGAGUUGAACGAGGUCAGCCCUCGCCAGAUACCUCCCUCGGAGCCGCUGGUCCUGGAGCUCUUUGCGCUGGAGUGCGUUCGAGCACAAGGCGCCGAUUUGCAGCGGAUCGCCUCCAGCAAGCGACGGAUCGCCCACGGCCUCACGGCGGAGGAAUCCGCUGGGGACCUCCUGGCUGCCACGGACCGGAAGGGGCCGCUCUGUGUGGGCCGCGCCUUCCAGACUCCUUUGUUUGAGGAGCUGGUGGCCAAAAGUGUCUCGGGCCGGUCGACCAUCUCGCGGGAGCACUUCCAGGUGUCGGUGGACUGCAAUCCUCGAGGCCGGGGUGGUCGACCGCGCUUCGUCCUGAAGAACUGCAGUGGCAACGGCACGAGGCUCAACGACCAGAUCUUGCAGGGCCGGGGAGAUGAGGCGCCCCUGCGCCAUGGCGAUCUCGUCACCUUGACCCGUUUUGGUCCAGCGGCGGGGAAGUCAGAGGUGGAGUUCAUCCAGUUCCGCUUUGACCUGUCGCGGUCCUGCCUGGAGGGGUUGGAGCUACCAGGCGGCUCGCGCGAAGCUGGCGUCGGUGCGGCAGAGCCUGGAGGCCCUUCUGGCCUAAGAGACUCGGGCGUUCCCUCCGCGCUCCACGCUCCAGCCAGCGCAGGCUCCGUGGGCAUCGCACCAGCCAAUGUUGCUAGUGCUGCUGGCACCAGGGAAUCGCGCCGCAGCAGCGGACACGUCGCUGCCAAGGUGGAGAGAAGCGAUCCAGCACUCUUCCUGGAGGUGCUGGGGCCCGGCGUAAAGAUGCAGUUGCCGGACGAGCAGCGGCGUCUGGCCUUCGCCCCUGUGAUGAGCGGGGAGGAGCCUUUCAGUUCCUUCCUCAUCGGCCGGGCCCAUCAGUUGGACUUCUGGCCGGAGGUGCUCCAGCCGGACGCGCUCAGCACCUUGUCGCGGCAGCACCUUCAGGUGCAGACUUGGAGAGCCGGCGACGGGCGCUUCUCCUUUGUGGCGAGGAACCUGAGCGAAGUGAAUCCGGUCCAUGUGGUCGCCAACAUGGAGGCCUGUGAACCCUGCGUCCUGGCGAAGGGGGAGCAGCGGCACUUGCUGGAUGGUGACCGGCUAGUCCUCAACCUUGGACAGGCCCAUGCCUUCUGGAUGACCCUCACCGACCUGACCCUCCGCGUCGCGGAGCGGCUCACACGAAGACUGCCCAGGAGCCUUCAGCCUGCCAAGGAUGAGGAUCUCAUCUCCACGGCUGCCACUCCGCAAGACCUCCAGGAAGAGAUGAACGACGACAAAGAGGGGCGCUUCUUGCUCAAGGCCGCUCCGACGCUGAAGCUGGGGAACAUGCCCCGACCGACGGACUUCGGCCGUGAAGGCGAGGCCUCGCCCUGGCGGCACUGGACGAGCGCCUGGACGGGCGCAGGCGAUGACUCUGGCAUCGGCGUGCUGCGCAGCAGCAGGACGUCGGCCUCCUUUGCAAGCACCUUGCAGGCCAAGGCCUUCGGCGGCUCCUCCGCCGUCUCUCAGCAGUGGCCCUCUUCGAGCCCGCGCGAUGGGUUCCCGCGUUAUGGGUUCCCGCGUGGCGUUCCGGAACGUCGGUCAGUCUCCCCUGAGCCUUAUGGAGGCGGCGUGCCGCGGCGGCCCCACGAGGCUCGAUGGACACAUGGCCUGUAA